UAUUCGCAUUUUUCCUGGGUUGGUGCAAAAACCAAGGGAGCUACUCCUGCAUAAGCCUUCGCUCGCCUACCUCCUCUCUUCCUUUCUCCGAAGGCUAGGGUUCCUGCUUCAGCUUCUACAAUGGCCGCCUCUUCUAUGCUGAGAUCUGCGCUCCUCUCUUCCUCGCCCUCUGAUGGUUUUAAGGUGUCGAUCAAUAUCUCCAGUAGCAAUAUAAAGUCUUUGAAGUUACAGUCUAACAUUUUUGGAACUUCUCUCCCAAGUGAAUCAUUAGUCAUGCAAAACUGCAAUGCCCGGAGUAUCCAACCUAUCAAAGCCACGGUUACUGAAAUUCCCCUGCCCGUACAGAAAUCAAAGAGCGAUGGGAAGACCAGGAUUGGAAUUAAUGGUUUUGGUAGAAUUGGAAGGCUGGUGUUGCGUGUAGCUACUUCCAGGGAUGAUAUUGAUGUUGUAGCAAUUAAUGAUCCUUUCAUUAACACUAAAUAUAUGGCGUACAUGUUUAAAUACGAUUCUACGCAUGGACCAUUCAAGGGAUCCAUUAAGGUUUUGGAUGAUUCCACUUUGGAGAUCAAUGGAAAGAAGAUAAAAGUUGUGACCGAAAGAGACCCUGCAGAGAUUCCAUGGGGCGAAUAUGGGACUGAUUUUGUUGUUGAGUCUUCUGGAGUUUUUACAACUAUGGAGAAAGCCUCAGCACAUUUGAAGGGUGGUGCCAAGAAAGUUGUAGUCUCAGCUCCAUCAGCUGAUGCCCCAAUGUUUGUGGUUGGAGUGAAUGAGAAGGCGUACAAGCCAAACAUGGAUAUUGUUUCCAAUGCUAGCUGUACUACAAAUUGUCUCGCCCCCCUUGCCAAGGUGGUUCAUCAGGAGUUUGGUAUAGUUGAAGGUUUGAUGACAACUGUACAUGCAACAACAGCGACACAGAAGACUGUAGAUGGCCCUUCAAUGAAGGAUUGGAGAGGAGGACGAGGAGCUGGUCAAAACAUAAUUCCUAGUUCAACUGGCGCUGCGAAGGCUGUUGGGAAAGUUCUUCCAGAGCUUAAUGGAAAGCUCACUGGGAUGGCAUUCCGUGUUCCUACACCCAAUGUUUCUGUUGUGGACCUAACCUGUCGACUUCAAAAGAGUGCUUCCUAUGAAGAUGUCAAAGCAGCAAUAAAGUAUGCCUCAGAGGGACCACUUAAAGGCAUUCUUGGAUACACAGAUGAGGACGUUGUCUCUAAUGACUUUGUUGGUGAUUCCAGGUCAAGUAUUUUUGAUGCUAAGGCUGGGAUCGGUCUCAGUGCAUCUUUCAUGAAGCUAGUUUCUUGGUAUGACAACGAGUGGGGAUACAGCAACCGAGUGUUGGACCUUGUAGCGCACAUGGCACUUGUAGGGGCUCUCAAAUGAGCCCAUGAUAGUUGUCUCUUGUCAUUGAUGCUCCAUUUUUUUUUUUUUUGUAAACUUGUAUGCUAGGCUAAUAGGGUUAAGAGGUUUUGGCUCUGAUUGGGUUUGGAUAAAGCUGUGAAGUGAAAAUCAUCACAUCAUGGGCGCUUGGGGAAUAAUUAAAGAUACGAGUUCAUCACUACACAGGUGCUUGGAAUUUGUUUUUGUACCCAACGAUUUGCAGUACCGGCAUCCUUGAUUCGAAAUCCUUGACAUUGAUCCGUGUUGUCUGGUCGGAUAGGAGUCAAACAUUUAAUACUCUUUCCAGACAUUUCAGACCCAUUCUUAAUUAUUGAUACAUGGUAAUAAUUUAGUUAUUCUAUUUCUCUUGCUA